UAGCGCCAAGCAGGAGGUGUAGUUACGUUACACCAGGAAACGGUGAGUUAUCUCCAGCCACGCCAAGGCUAGGAGCUGUCAAACAUAUCCACUGACACCAUUUCAGUCAUUUGGCUAUAUUUCGUUGGCUCGGCAGCCUGUGACACGAACUGCAAGCUGGUUGAACGUUGACUACAUGGCUGUUUACACCAACAUUAAGCAGAUGAGCAUGUGACCAAAGACCAGGGUCUACAGCACAUAAUCUGGACAAGUGGAAGAGGCCAAAAUCUAUCAGGGGUCAUUCAUCUAUAAAGUGGUCAAACAGGCGUGACCAGCCAUGACAACAAAGACAUCCCUGUUAAAAGUUAUUCUGCUGGGGGAUGGCGGUGUAGGAAAGAGCUCCAUCAUGAAUCGAUAUGUCACCAAUAAGUUUGAUGCCCACCUUUUCCACACCAUCGGUGUGGAGUUCCUCAACAAGGAUCUGGAGGUAGACGGCCACCAGGUUACCCUACAGAUCUGGGACACUGCUGGCCAGGAGCGCUUCCGCAGCCUGAGGACUCCUUUCUAUCGUGGUUCUGACUGCUGCCUGCUCACCUUCAGCGUAGAUGACAACCAGAGUUUCCUCAACUUGGGCAACUGGAAGAAGGAGUUCAUCUACUAUGCAGAUGUAAAAGAGCCGGAGAAGUUCCCAUUCGUGGUCUUGGGCAACAAACUGGACGUGACAGAGAGGCAGGUGUCCUCAGAGGAGGCUCAGCGAUGGUGCCAGGAGAGCGGCGACUUUCCUUAUUAUGAGACCAGUGCCAAGGAUGCCACUAAUGUAGCGGUGGCCUUUGAGGAGGCAGUGCGUAGAGUUUUGGCAAUGGAUGAGAGGACGGACCAUCUCAUCCCCACGGACACAGUCAAACUCCACAGAAAGCCUCGCUCUGCUACCACUUGCUGUUCAUAACAUGCAGUGGUUAUUACUAACAUUAAUUUGCUGUUAUUGCAAUGAGGCUGUAGGUGUACAAUGCUGUAGUAACAUCUUAUUUAAGCAGGAAAUUCUAAUGGAUUUAUGAUUUGUUGUACUGUUAACGUUUUGAAUGCUAAUCAGGCUUCUGUUUGAGCAAAAAGGAGGAAACACUAAAUUGAUCCCAGUCUUAUUAUAAAAAAAUAAACAUGAAACACUGAAUCUGUCACUCAGCUCUGCGACAGUUUGAAGAUCAGGCUUUGCAAAGGUAGCAGAAAAAUAAACUAUAUGUUGUUUACCCAAGACUACAUGUGGAUAAACUAGAAGAUAUGUGAUGACAGAAGGGAGGCCAUAUGUUUAAAAAGUUUCACUUCCCUCUCAAAUUGUUAGUGUCCCUUUUUGUUAAGGCAAUUUAUCAUAUGGUUUCUAAACUGCAACUCAAAUGUGAUCAUGCCGAUUAAGUGAUUACCUUCAUAUAUUUGAAAUAAUUUACACAGCCCAAUAACCUUAUUUCUGUGAAUUAUAAAAUAGUUAUGGCACUACUUUGUGUAACUAACAAAUUAAGGCUUGUCAUGAUUAUUGCACCUUUAGGUCUUGUUUGUGCACAUUUCUGCAUAGUGAAUAGAUACUGGCUGUGCUGGAACCACUGAGGGGCCAAGAUUCCCAAUAGAUGAAUAUUAAAGCAAAGUUAACAUGCAUGGCAUAUGGUGUAUUUAAGUUUCUGGAAACGUUUUGUAUUUUGUAAACCGUUUUUACCUUAUAAAUCACUGAAUCAACCAGUAAGAAGUAUUGCCUUGAAGAGUUUUACAGUUUAAUGAAUAUUGGCUGUUGGGUUUAUUGUUUUAAAUAAUCAUUUUGAUCUUGAAAACACUCUAUAGACUUUUUUCAUACUUAACAGUAGAAAUUCUUUCUUCACAGCUUAGUGUUUAAAAUGGUGAACCAUUCAUUUACAUUAACCGUUUCAGAUUUUAUUUAUAUUCAAAGCUGUAUUACUGGUAUGCCAAAUGACAAAUAAACCUCUGAGAAA